AUGGAACCUCACUUUCUUCUCGUUCAGCGCUCCUUCGCUACUAAAACAACACCAGCAUUACUUCCACUUCUAAACCAGAAUAACCAACUCUCCACCGCCAAUAAUAUUAGUAGGCCUAGUGGUCCUCACUGCUGGGCUUGGAAGAAUCAGGGUCCCACUUCAACCGGACGCUCCAAGUUCAAUCUUGAAGAUGAGCUCUAUACUGAUAGUGGUGAUUAUGAUAAUGAGUUUGGAUUUAGUGGAACUGGGAAGCAGAGGGUAUGGUGGUUUGAUGAUGAUGAUGAUGAUUGGGAUGUUGAUAAUGAGGAGAAUGAGUUUUGGGUUUUCAAGGUAAUUAAAGCUUUUGGUUGGAUGCUUCCAGCCUUCACCAUAUCAUUUCUGCUAGGAACUGACAGUCCAAAUGCUUUCUUCAUGGCAUUAGCAGUUCCAUUAGGACAGACAGCACUCUCGCUUGUGAUGGAUAAAGUCUGGGGAACUUCAAGCACUAAUCCAAAACGCAGACCUAGAACCAAAACCAGGAAAAAGCCAUUUGCUAGAGCUGCCACAAAAACAAAAGCAACCGAGCGUAAGGCAGAGGAAUACAAGACUAAUGAAGGAAAAGGGAGUUACCAGUCAUGGAUGGCAACAGAUGGUUCGAAUAAGAAGGAUGCCAAUAGGGCACCCAGUUUUGGUGGAUGGGAUGAUCUAGAUAGCGCAAGCUACAAGGCCACUGGAAGGACUCAAAAGGAAGAUGAGCUUCCUAAACGGAGUAAAGGUAAAUUAAGUAGGAGAGGAAGAGUCAAGGACAGACCACUACUGCUUAGGCUGCUGAUUGCUGUUUUCCCAUUCUUGGCUUCCUGGACUAAGUUCCUCUUUUAA